AUGCUUUCCAGCAUAGGAAGUAGACUUCGUGUUGGUCGAGUAAUUUUAGGUUACAUAAACAAAGAAGCAUUUGCUCCAACAGCCGGUAGGCUGUCGUCUCCCAGAAACUACACCACGAGCAUCGAUAAUAACGCACCGAUCGAGUUGAAAGAAAAUCCCUUCGCCAAGGAUAAAGUGCAGUGCGUGCUAUGCAAGCACGGCAUCAGCCCGGACUACAAAAACGUGCAGCUGCUAUCGCAAUUCCAAAGCCCGUACACAGGCCGUGUGUAUGGGCGGCACAUUACCGGUUUGUGCAAGGACCGGCACGAGCAGGUAGAGCGGGAAAUUAUCAAAGCACAAAAUGCGGGACUGAUGCCGACCUACCAUAAAGCGGUGGAAUUCCUCAACGACCCAAAACUGUUCGAUCCCGAGAAGGCGAUUCGUCCGCACAAAUAUUAAUGCAA